UGUCAAACCAAAUGUUCAACAUAAAUUUCCCUAGUACGAGCAGCCUGAAUAUUGCGUUACUUAUAGGCGCCAAGUUUAUAUACUGUCAUGCCCCCAAAGCUCGACCCUACAGCUGUCACUUAUUGUUACUUAAGAGUUAUUGGUGGUGAGGUCGGUGCCACAUCGUCUUUGGCUCCUAAAAUUGGUCCGCUCGGUUUGUCUCCAAAGAAAGUCGGUGACGAUAUUGCAAAAGCCACUCAGGAAUGGAAAGGUCUACGUAUAUGUGUCAAACUGACUAUCCAGAAUCGACAAGCGACAAUCAGUGUUAUCCCCACAGCCUCUUCCCUUAUCAUCAAAGCCCUUAAGGAAGAGCCUCGUGAUAGAAAAAAAGUGAAGAAUAUAAAACACAAUGGAAACUUGACAUUUGAUGAGAUAAUCGAAAUUGCACGAACAAUGAGGCCUAGGAGUAUUGCACGUGAACUGUCAGGAACAGUGAAAGAGGUAUUGGGGACGGCACGUUCGGUUGGUUGUACUGUUGAUGGAGAAUCCCCACAGGUUAUUAUAGAGAAGGUAAAUGCUGGCGAAAUAUCAGUACCAGCAGCAUAGAUGUGAAUAAACUUUUGAUCAUUCCAACUAAUUGUGGGCUAGUUCCAUUUGAUGAAAAGCCUUCCAUACAGAGCUCAAAUCCAUCAAGGGAUCCGGUGGUAGGAAUUAUUCAAUUUGCUUGAAUAAAAUUUUACACAUUUGAAAUCAUCAAUCAAUCAUUGUUAGAGGACCAUUAGAAACCUGGAAGCAAUGGAUGAUGGCCAUUUCGUCCUAGUAUGGGACUCAUCAUCUAAUUGAAUAAAAUUUAUCAUUCAUUUGAAAAACAGACAUU